ACAUAUAUGAAAUUGUAGAAAGUGAUAACAAUAUAGCAGUAAAUUGUAAUGAUAAUCUCUCAGUAGAAUGUGAUAACUUUUAUAUUGAUGAUAAUUAUAAGGAAUUUCAAAUAAACGUAUAUGAAAGUAUUGUAGAAAGUGACAACAAUGCUACAGUAAAUUGUAACAAUAAUAUCUCAGUAGAACGUGAUAACUUUUAUAUUGAUGAUAAUUAUAAGGAAUUUCAAACGAACAUGUCUGAAAAUGUUGUAGAAAGUGAUGACAAUGUUGCAGUAAAUUGUAAUAAUAAUCUCUUAGUAGAAUGUGACAAAAACCUAACAGAAGAGCUAGUUGAUAACCAAAAUUUUUAUACUGAAUCAGUACAAGAAAAUGCAAAAACACAAGAUGCUAUUUAUAAUGAAGAUAUGAAUUAUAUUCAUUUGGCUAGAUUUUUCAUAUAUUGUAAACAAGUUGAAGUUGAUAUAGAUAGAGUUGUUUGUCGACAAAUAUUUGAAUAUAGUUUUUUUGGAGAAGCCGUUUCUAAUCAA